AGCACCGAGGAAAACUUGCAAUUGUAAUUGUCAUCAAACCGAAGCAAGCCCAUCUCUCACAUCUUGUAUUCCGGCUUUUCUCUUCGUAAAUUGCCGCAAGUUUCUAACUUUCUCGCCGUUUCUUUCCCGGGAAAGUUAGGGUUACCCCAACAGUUCACUGAUGCUUCCCAGAGCUUGAAGUUGAAUCACGAACAUCAACAAAUGGGGAACAUAUUCGUGAAGAAACCCAAGAUCACAGAUGUGGACAGAGCAAUUCUCUCUUUGAAGACCCAAAGGCGCAAACUUGGUCAAUACCAGCAGCAGCUUGAAGCUGUAAUUGAAGCAGAGAAGCAAGCAGCGAAGGAUUUGAUCCGUGAGAAGAGAAAAGACAGGGCCUUGCUAGCUUUGAAGAAGAAAAAGACUCAAGAGGAAUUGUUGAAGCAAGUUGAUACCUGGAUCAUCAAUGUGGAGCAGCAAUUGGCAGAUAUUGAACUGGCGAGCAAGCAAAAGGCGGUGUUUGAGAGUUUGAAAUCUGGUAAUGAUGCAAUCAAGGCGAUACAGAGCGAAAUCAACUUGGAUGAUGUUCAGAAGUUGAUGGAUGAUACAGCUGAAGCUAAAGCUUACCAAGAUGAAAUCAAUGAAAUACUGGGAGAGAAAUUGUCGGCAGAGGAUGAAGAGGAGAUUCUGGCUGAAUUUGAAAACUUGGAAACUCAGAUGGCGGUUCACGAUAUGCCAGAAGCACCAACCACCUUGCCAUCCAAGGAACAGGAGGAAGAAAAAUUGGAUCUUCCUGAUGUACCAACUAAAAAACCAGUUGUUUCCGAUACCGAAAGUGCUUCAAAGGAGGCUCCAAGAAAGCAAAAAGUUCUGGAGGAACCAUUGGCAGCAUGAUUACCAAAAUUAACUUCAGGUCGUGCUUGGAUCCAUGGCUCUCUGGUGUAUGGGAUACAUUUGUACUGUGAGAUUCUUUGCUUGAAACCAUAAGGAAAUGGAGGCUUAGUGCCAGUCGACAUGGGUUUUGCGAUUGGAUUUGUAGGUUUUACGUGUCAAUAUGUACGAUUUACUCGGUCUGGAUUGUGAUGUGCGAUCAACAUUGGCAGUGUAGUUCAUUGCUUCAUAUUUAUGCUUCCGACGAAUGGUUUAUGGUUUGGUGAUAUAUUGAAAACAGCAACUUCCAAGCG